GCUGGUAUGUGAGUCAGUUGGCCGCCACGCGUAGACGGCGUCGCACGUAGCGCCAUGUUCCGCGCGGUGUCAGACGGCUGGAAGCGAUAUUGGUGGGGAACAGGAAUCUUGCCAGACAGAACAAAUCGGGUGGAGGAUAUUUUUCUAAGAUAUUAUACUGGACAAACAGCGGCAGAGUACGUGGACAUUCCUCUCAGUCAGGCUAACAAGUUAUUUGAAAUCAAGGGUUUUGACCAGAACAGCCCCACCGUCUUCUACAUCCAUGGAUUCAUUGAGGUUGCUCAACAGGAGAGUAUCCAGGUCAUGGUGAACGCCUAUUUAGAAGCAAGGCCGGGUACAAACGUUAUAUUACUAGACUGGUCCAACAUGGCACAUGGAUCAUACUUUUUCAAUGCCGCGAAAAACACCAAAAAGGUUGGUAUAGCUGCAGCAGAACAGUUGAAUAAACUAGUAGACUCAGGACUUCUCUUGGAAAAAUUCCACGUGAUUGGACACUCAUUGGGAAGCCACGUCGCAGGUUACACAGCAAGAGAACUCAAGACUAAAUACAAUAAAACUAUAAAAAGAUUAACGGCCCUCGAUCCCGCUUUUCCAGCGUUUUAUCCUGAUGGCGUAGUGAUGGAACAUGUUAAUGCAAAAGACGCAGAAUUUGUAGAUGUAAUACAUACUGACGCUGGUGGUUACGGUGCACCGGUAAGAACUGGAACAGCUGACUUCUGGCCGAACGGAGGCAAAAGCAUACAGCCUGGCUGCCCCCGAUUCGCCCCCAUACCUCUCUCCGAUGAUACUACAACUGGUAACACUGGGAGACGAGCCUUUCGUUGUCGGAAACCUAAGAUGAGAGCUGCUAAUCUAUGCAGUCAUUGGAGAUCAUGGCGGUUUUACGCAGAAUCAGUGAGAAAUCCUGAAGCAUUCCCCGCCUCUCCUGCCGAAUCUUACCAUAAAUUCAAAGAAAACCCAAAUCCCGAAGAAGGAAUGGUGUAUAUGGGUUAUAGCUGUGAUAAUAAAGCCGAAGGAUCUUAUUACUUAACGACAAACUCUCAGACACCAUUUGGAAAAGGAAUGGAAGGGCUAUACCCAAAAAGCAAGAGUAAUUCCAUUAAGAAAUAGCUUAUUACUAGGAUGGGUAAUUUCUUUCCUUUCAUGUCGAAAACAGAGUUUAAUAAUAAUACUUAAUGUUUAGUAUGUACAGUAAUAAUUGUAGUUUAAAAAUGUGAAGUGUUUGCAACAACUGAAAAUCACGAAACAUGUCUCUCUUUAGAACUUGUACCCAUUUGUUAAAGUUUCAAGAAUAGAAAAACUUCAGAUGUGAUUUUAUAGCUCAUACAUAAAUAUUUUACCGAUAGAGUGUUACCUAAAUUUGAAAAUAAUGAAUUAUUAUUUAUAUUCCGGCGUGGAAAACCUGUUAUUGCAUUCAUGAUAUAGGAAUUUUCUACAAUAUAGUAUUAAUUUUAAUUAAAUCACAAAAUGAUAUUAUUCGAAAAAUUUUACUUCAUUUUUUUU